AAUUCACUGUAGCAGUAUAUCUGUUUAGCAUUUUUCUCUCUCCUGUAAGCAGCGAUCUCUCACUCCCCUCUCUCCCAGAAGCGAUCUCAGUCUUCUCUCUCCGCAUCACCGGUACUCUGUCACCAACGUUCCCCUCUCUCUCACUCUAAGUACGAUCAGGUUUUCAAGUCAUUCACACUCAAUGUGGACGGGAAGCGACAUGACUUGGGUUGGAAAGAGGCCGCUGAGACGCCUCGGAGGGAUGUCCGAUGCCCUCUCCAUCGCUGCUGAUCUUGGCUUUUCAGUCCCCCCUCCCCCUUCCCAGGAAGACUUCCAAAACUUAGUUGCCAGUACUGGUGAAAAGGGUGAUGAAUUGAUAAAGGUUUUAAGAGAACUAACCACUGUACAAAGAAAAACAGCAGAUUUGCAAGUGGAACUUCAAGGUCGAAAGGAGGAUAGAAAUGUAGCACAUCUGACUCAUGUGAGUGAAAUGGAAAAGAAGAUCGAGACUUUGGCAAGGAUUACUGCAAUAUUAAAAGAUGUUAUUCAGAACAAGGACCGCAUCAUUGCUCGUCUUCAGCAACCAUAUUCAUUAGACUGCAUUCCUGUGGAAGCAGAAUAUCAGAAACAAUUUUCAGAAUUGCUGAUGAAGGCUGCAAGUGAUUACAGUGCGCUGACAGCAUGUGUUUCAGAUUUUCAGUGGAGUGUCAACUUCAAGGAACCACCUUCGGUGUGGGGGGAAAUGCUGCGCCCAAUUCCUGUUGCGUUAGCAUCUUGUACUCGGUUUUUUGAAGCAAUGUCUGCAAUGAGAGAGUCAUUUUCGACACUUCAAAACUUGAGAGUAGCUCAUUCCUCUUCCUCCUUGCCUGCAACUCCAGCCAAGAAUCCUUCUCAAAGAACGGUAGGGGAUUCUGAAUAUAUGACUCCACCACCUUGGAGAAAUAAAUCAAGCUUUGAUGAUUUAGCCAUUAGAAGCAUCGGAAGGCAAGAAAUGGAACGGCAAGAAGUGGAAGAUGUAAAAAGCGAAGUAGGCGACUCUCAUCAGGUUGAUGGCAUGAGCCACAGGAGACUCUCUUGGCCGCCUCCACUCAAAAAUGGUGGAUUGUAAUCAUGAAUUGUUGUGUGUGUACUAUUGCUAUCCAUCACACAUCCAUUUGUUCAGUGAUAUGUUUUUUCUUUUUGAAAUGAUCUGAUAAUUUGUUACUAGCAGGCCCACUUUUUUUUUCAGUUUUUGUGCAGUUAUGUUUGAAAGUUCUAGGAACUACACUCCAUUCAUGCCUAAAGUUACCAUUUUAACUAAACAAAAUUUAACAAACUUUAAUAAAAAGUUGCCAUUUUGUGUGUAUAA